AUGGGCAAGAUGCCUUUCUUCGGCAACACUUUUAGCCCAAAGAAAACACCACCCAGAAAAUCGGCAUCACUUUCAAACUUGCACGCAUUGGAUCGAACAACCAAAGAAGUGGAAUUGGGUCUAGAUUAUGGUGCUCCAAGUAUUAGCAUUGCCGGUCAAAGUUUAAAAUUUGAAAAUGGACAGUGGAUAGCUGAAUCGGGUGGAACUGGUUCACAGAAAGAACUCCAACGUCUUCGAAAGAGAAAUGUACAGCUGGAGGAAGAAAAUAACUUGCUUCGUCUGAAAGUAGACAUCUUGCUAGACAUGCUCUCAGAGACCACUGCAGAAUCGCACCUUAAGGAAAAAGAGCUAGAAGAACUGAAAAGCCUGAGUGGGCGAAGGAAAUAA